AUGCAAAAGGGACUCAUUGAUCAAGACACAGGCCUUGUGCUUCUGGAAUCCCAGGUUAUCAUGUCGGGCCUCAUUGCCCCUGAGACCAGUGAAAACCUCUCUUUGGAGGAGGGUCUAGCCAGAAACCUCAUCAAUCCCCAGAUGUACCAGCAGCUCCGGGAGCUACAGGAUGCUUUGUCCUUAAUAAGCAGACUUACUGAGAGUAAAGGCCCUCUUUCUGUGGUGGAAGCAAUUGAAAAGAGAAUAAUCAGUGAGGGAGUUGGACUGAAAAUCUUAGAAGCUCACCUGGCAACUGGAGGUUUCAGUAACCUGGAAGAGGCUUUUCAUCAAGGCCUUAUUUCUGCAUGGCUUUAUUCAGUGUUAGAGUCUCACCUGAGGUCAUCUAAGAAUUUGAUAGACCCCAACACAGCUGAGAAAAUCGGUUUGCUAGAUCUGAUGCAGAGAUGUAUUGUCCACCAGGAAUCAGGGUUGAAAUUGCUGCCCAUCAAGCAAUUGGCAGGGGGAAUGGUGAGCUUGAAAUCUGGCCGGAAGGUUAGCAUUUUCCGUGCAGUUCAGGAAGGGCUAAUAGAUAGGCAAGUAACUGUUCGGCUGCUGGAAGCUCAGCUUUUUGCUGGUGGCAUAGUAGACCCAAGAACAGGACACAGACUUACAGUGGAAGAGACUGUAAGACAUAAUUUGAUUGAUCAAGAUAUGGCCUGUGCUAUUCUGAUAAGGCAGCUUCAGAUGGGAGGCAUCAUAGACACUGUCACUGGGUGUAGGUUGACAAUAGAUGAAGCAGUGAGCAAUGAUCUAGUAGCUGCUAAGAUCGCCCUUGUGAUUCUGGAGUCCCUCUGGUCAUUCAUGGGGUUACUAUGGCCUGAAUCUGGAGACAUCCUCCCAAUUACAGAUGCCCUAGAACAAGGUAUUGUGUCUACUGAACUAGCACAUAAAAUCCUUAGUAACCGACAGCAUAUUAAGGCUCUAUUUUUACCAGCGACCACAGAGAUUUGUUCCUGGAAGAAAGCAAUAGAAAAUGGUAUCUUGGACAAAGAUCUUGUCGAUAACUUAAAGUCACUUUAUAUACCUGAUGUGAUGCCACACAUGCAAUUAGCAGACUCUUCAGAACAAAACAAAUCGAACAUUAAUCCUGGAGCAGCAGUUCCACCAUACAGCAAGGGCCAACCCGAGGACAUAGCAAGUCGUAGUGAGAAGCUGUUGUUUCAACUGAUGACUCAUACCUAUAUUAAUGUGCAGAAUGGACAGAGGCUGCUUCUGUUAGAUAAAGAGCUGAUGGAGACACUAACCUCCAGAGGUAAAUAUCAAAUAAGCCCUCCAGAAGUGUUUGGAAUUGGGCACCAAAGACUAGAAACUCCUGAGGAAUUGCAAGAAUCAGCUAAUAUGAAAAUCACAGAAAAUUUCAGUGAUGGGCUGAGUGUGAGGCCAUGUGCAUUCCAAUUUUCUUCUCAGAAUGAAGAAUCUCUCAAUCAGGAAGAUUGCACUGAAGCAAAAGACAAAAAGAUCAUUGUAGAAGAAGAAGGUUCUUCUGUGGAGAACCCCGAAAAGGAUCUGUUUAUAAGAGAACAAAAAGUGGAAAAUCCAAAUGUUGACACUUUGAAGGUCAUAAAUAAAGUGAAAUCAGAGUUAGAAAGGCAGUUGUUAGAUAUCGAAAAGGAAGACCAAACAGAAAUGUGUACAAGAGAAAAUGUCAGCAGAGGACUUCUCCCGACGGUACCCCCCGAGGAAGCAGAAGAUGUGCCCUUGGUGGUUUACAAAGAUCUUUUUUCUGUUGAAAGGCUAAAGGAAGAAUGGCAAGCUCUCAGAAAGACUUCCUUCACAUGUCAGAAAGAACAAGCAAACACUCUUGAGAUUGAAUAUAUUCCAGGGGAAACUGGAAGACCUCUCAUAAAACCCCAAAGUAAAAAGUCACAAUUUCAGGUAGAGAAAACUACAGAUUUAAAAUUAGAACUAAAGUCUGAAAAUGAUAUGAAUAUUUAUUCUCCGGACAAAAAGAAAGUGUUAAAUAAAACAUAUUUGGCUAAAAGUGACCAUAAACAAAGUCAAGAAGGGGAAGACAUUGCAGGUGGUAGUAUGAUAAGAGAAAAGACCAACGAGGACAAUAAUGAUAGUGAAAAUUCCCUGUCAUGCAGUCAUCCUUCAGAAUUGCUUGAAGAAGCUACCUUAAAUGAAUUAUCUGCACAGUUAUUAGAUGGUGGUAUUUUUCAUGAGCAAACAGGUCAAAAGCUUUUACUAAAUGAAGCAGUCACCCAAGGCAUCGUGCCCGGCCAUACUGCUGUGAAACUUAUGGGAAAGCUGAACAUGUUUCGGGGAUUCUUUGACUCUCAGACCUGCGAGUCCUUGUCAACCGAAGAAGUCAUUGAUGAAGGUCUGAUGGAUGAGAAAUUAUUACAUAAUGUCCUCAUGACAGACAAAGCUAUAAGUGGUGUCUUAGACCCCCGUACUCACACACUAUUUUCUGUAAAGGAUGCAGUAGUAGUUGGACUUCUUGACGAGAAAACAGCCACCAGAAUUUUAGAGGGGCAGGUCGUGACUGGUGGAAUUGUUGACUUGAAACGAGGCAAAAAAGUUUCAGUAACUUUGGCCUCAAAUCUUGGCUUGGUAGACAGUGCUGAUCAGACAGAGCUUAUAAAUCUGGAGAAAGCUUCCAAAGGCAGAGAUGCUGAAAAAAACAUUAGAGAGAGAUUAAUUAGUUUACAAAUGGAAACAACAGGACUUAUGGACCCUGACAGCAAAGCCUCUUUAUCUGUUAUGCAGUCCAUUGACAGAGGUCUUUUGGAGAGAGAGGAGGCCAUUCAUUUGUUGACUAAGCAGGUGGUAGAUGGAGGUAUCAUUCACCAUGUAUCUGGGAUGAGGCUUUCUGUCGAUAAUGCCUUUAAACAUGGCUUGAUCAGUGAAGAUUUAGCCAAGCAACUGAAAAGAGUUGAGAGCUUAAAGCUCCAUCAGUUUUUUCAUCCUGAAACAAAGGAAACUAUUUCCCUCCCUGAGGCCAUAAAAUUAGGUCUUGUUACCCCAGACUUAAAAAGAGAAAUCCAAGAAAUUCAAGCAGUUACUAGAAACUUUUUGGAUCUCAUUUCUGGCCAGAGAUUGACCUGGGCAGAAGCUAAAAAAGAAGGAUUGCUAACUAAUAAAGCAGGAUUGUCUCCAGGAAUAAUGCAUGGGAUUGUAGAUCCUGAGAAUUACAGAAUUGUUCCCUACUCAGAAUUAGUAAAGAAAUGUAAGAUUGAUACUGAAUCUGGACAGAGAUAUCUAGAAGUAAUUCCCUUCUCAGACAUUAAAGACGGGGUGAGUGACAUAGUACUUACAUUGUCUCAAGCAAUUCAGCUUGGGAAAGUAGACUUUGCAUCUACACUGAAGGUUCUGGAAGCUCAGGCAAAUACUGGUGGAAUCAUAGAUACUGCUACAGGAAAUAGACUGACAUUGGCAUCAGCUUUGGAACAGAAAUUGGUGGAUGAAAACAUGGUUAGAACUAUUGCAUCUCAUCAGGUGUUAAGAGGAGGAAUCAUUGACAUAUUUAAUGGUCAGAGAGUGACUUUAAAGGAAGCGAUUGAGAAAAGAUUUAUCAGCCCUGAACUGGCAGCUAUGAUCCAAAAAGAUCCUUUGGAGUCCAGUGAUGACAGGGCUCAGAUUGAAAAGCAAGAUGGAAUUGAAGUAUGUGAAUUAAAGAAUGAAUUUCUAAGAAAGGAAAUGUUAAUUGCUUAUAAUCAGACUGCUGAAAUGAGUUGUGAUAAAGGAAAAAGUAAGAGAUUAUUUCAGAUUGAAAGCCAGUCUACACAAGAAAAGGUUAAAGUGAGAGUUUCAGAUGAAGAGCAGAUGAAAAAGAGCAGGGAAGUUUCAUUAAAGGAAUUGGAGUGCAAGGAUCCAGAUAAGCAGAGAGCUUCUCUGGAUACUAAAGAACCUGUCAGCAUCAGAAUUUCUCAUAAUCUUAAAGGUAAGUCUUGGGGUCAAAUUUUAGUGACACACUCUAACUCAGAAGUUUGUGAUACUAAACUCAAAGAGGGGGCUAGAAAUAACGUGGAAAAAAAUGCAGAUGAAGAGCAGGAAAAAGUAGUAACACAAGUAGAAAUUCUCUCUCAUAUGAAGCAGUUCACCUCAGGUCUAGAUUCUGAAGAAAUAAGAGAAAAUCAAGGGGAAAUGACUUGGGAAGUUCAAGAAUCAAAUCGUGAACUGUCAGGUAAAUUGCUGAGUGAGCAGGUUUUGCAGCAACCGUUGAAUACCAGGAACAAGAGUAAGAGAGAGAAGAGGGAAAUGAUUGUGGAAGAAAAUGUGAAAACAUGUAAACGAGCAGUUCUUUCUGAAGAAAAACUGAGUCAGAAAACUGCCAUUAGAGAGGAGUGUGACUCUAAUAUAAAAAGUCAACCUAUGGAAAUGACUACAAGUGAAAAAGGGAAAGAAGCUGAUAGAGAGAUGGGACUUUCUAGUAUUUAUAAAAUUGAAGACUCUUCUUCCCAAGUGAGAGCCAAAGGAAUUUCUUUAAAAAAUCAAGAUACUUUAACAUUCUUCAGCUGUAAACAGGUCAAUGAAGGGGAAGUAAAAAAUUUAAGCUUCUGCUUGAAUUUAGAACCAAAAGAAAAUUUAUUUCAGGAAAUUACUGGUGGGGCCCAGAAUGAACAAUUCUCUUCUAUGACCCCAAGACCUGAAGGAUUGCACUACCAGGAAUCAGUUGGAAAAGCCCAAGUUACAGACACAUUCCAUAUUUCCAAAACAGACAAGUCUUUCCAAAGAACCACCAGACAGGAGGCCAACUAUUGUCAGGAUUCCUGUUUUACUUCUAAGACUAAGGAAACCAAAGAUCUGAUUUUCUCAUUUAAUGAAUAUAAAGAAAAGUUGAACCAAGAAGUACAUUUUGACUCAACAAGAGCUCAUGAAUUGGAAGAAAUUACAGUUUCUAGAGUAGAUCCAAAAGAAGUCAGUUAUCUAGAAUUCUCAGACAAAAAAGACCAUCAACAUCAGGUCAGCAAAAGUGAUCGUGAACUUCGUGGAAUUCUCAAAUCUCAAAUAGCAACAACUCAGGAGAUAAAUAUAGAGAAAUUUCUAGAAAUGGCAAACCCUAUAGUUACAGGUCUAGAAGCAGGGUCCUGUGAAGACAUAGUGACUCAGAGAGGUCCCAGAGUCUUGGUAUCUCUUCUUCCAGAGAAACAAUUCAAAGAUGUGUCUCAAAAAGAGAAUACAAGGCAACAAGCUUCCAUCAUUAGUCCCACUAUUCUGGAGACGAGUGAAGAAAAGACAGUACCCCUAACGUCAUGCUCUACAGUGAAGAUGGAUGGGAAGACACCACAGGAAAAACUCAGAGAGAGCCCUGGCAGUGAACAGACUUCCUCCAUGACUGCACCUGGGAGAAAAGGAAAUGAAGAUGUAAACCCAGAGCCCUUCAGAGCAACUCAGAAUGUAUUUAACCGGCGUCUCUGUUUAGAACAUGAUGAAAAGCUAGUAUCCUAUCUGUCUCUGUUACGGGACAUUGAAAUGAGGACCAAACAGAUUCAACCUUUGGAGCUAAACAUAGCAGGACUACAGGAUCUUCUGUGUCAGGCCAAGGUAUUAGACAGGGAGCUAAAGGAUCUGUCCACCUUGGUGAGCCAGGAAUUAGAGUGUGUGAAUCAGAUUAUCAUUAGCCAGCCUCAAGAAGUCCCUGCUCAACUGUUGAAGGCUCUAGAGAAAGAUGCCAAGAAUCUUCAGAAGUCUCUCAGCUCUGUGAAUGAUACCUGGAGUUCCAGACUACUCCAUCUCCAGAAUGCUGUGGAAGUAAAAAAGACUAGAGUGUCAAGUCAGCACAUGCAUCUAGAAGGCAAACUUCAAGAUCUGAGAGCCUGGGUUGGUAAUACCAAUCUUAUUCUGAAAAGCAAGGGAUAUAAUAAGGAAACAGAUGUUGCCAGCCUGAAUCACUAUCUCCAACAGUAUGAGGAUUUGAAACAGCCCAUGGCUGAAAGGAAAUCUCAGCUGGAUGCUCUCGCUUUUGAUAUUCAGUUCUUUAUCUCUGAGCAUGCCCAAGACUUGUCUUCCCAGCAGAAUCGACAGAUGCUGAGGUUUCUGAAUGAACUGCAGAGAUCCUUCCAGGACCUUGUGGAACAGACUGCAGCUCAGACGGAUGCCUUACAGGGUCAUCUUCAACAAAUGGAGCAGGAAGCCCAGGUUAAGAUCAGACUGAACCAGGAGCUGGGCUCAGUUUGUCUUUUGGGAUGUCCUCUGUCUUUGGGCUUUUUGGCCAGACUUCAUGUAUCAUGAUUCCAAGAACCUGGGUUUACCAAUUUUGAAAUUUCAUUUAGGCCAGUAUGGCUCUGGUCCAGGAGGCAGCUCUUCUGGCUGCUUUUCUUGCCAUGUUUUUUAUUUUAUGUGUGUGUUUGAGAGAAUACAUGUGUUUACAUGUGUAUGCAUGUGCAAAUGUUUUAUUUUAAUGAAACUCUAUCUUCACUAUGUCUCAUUGUCUGUCACUUUGAAAUGAAAAUCAUAUACCUAUCCCUUUCUUCCUUUUACUUUCUCCCUUAGCAUUCUUUUGAGAGCCUUUAAGAACAUCUAGAUACUCUGAGUUUUGAAAAGUAUGGUUCUGAAAUCAGUUUUAUUCUGGGGCUUUUCAAAUGUUUUACAAUAAAUUUCUUGACAGACUUCAAAUAGUUGAUAAGGAAAUAUUUAUCAGAAUCAUCUCAAUUUUUUAACACAUUUUAAAUUAUUAUUUUCUAGUACUUCUCUUCAUACUGUCAUUCCCAAUGCUUAUUCAGUCAUGGAAAACAGUGCAACCUUAUAACACCAAGGUCAUAGGUUGGGAAUCCCU